CAAGAUUAAGGAUAUGAGCUUCUUCAAACACUCAUGCAGAGCCCUGCCCUUUAUGUACAAUCUAUUAAUAUGAAUAAGGUGUGCCACACCUUCUGGACCAAAAAGGAGUACGUUUUUGUUCUCACCCACCAUUACAAAUAUGAGAGCUCGGGAAUAAAAUGUGCAGAUAGUUUCUAAAUUAAAGGUGGUUCAUUUAGUAAGAAGCUAUAUAAGUAAGGAGGGUGUUUCUGGACCAUUGCACUUCAGCAUUGCCACAGCUCUAGGCACAAUGGACAACCUUCUAACCGGACGCAAACUUGUAUGGAUUAUUUUGUAUUUGUGCCUCAACUGGACAGUUACAGUGUCUGAACCCACACUCAAUCCAUCUGACUCAUCUGACGUCACUUCUACCUCCACUACACCUUCAUCUUUCACAACUGAGUCUAACUCUACUACCACACUCAAUCCAUCUGACUCAUCUGACGUCACUUCUACCUCCACUACACCUUCAUCUUUCACAACUGAGUCUAAUUUGACUACCACACUCAAUCCAUCUGACUCAUCUGACAGUGUCACUUCUACCUCCACUGCACCUUCGUCUUCCACAACUGGGUUUAACUCUACUACCACACUCAAUCCAUCUGACUCAUCUGACAACGCCACUUCUACUUCCACUACACCUUCAUCUUCCACAACUGAGUCUAAUUCGACUACCACACUCAAUCCAUCUGACUCAUCUGACAAUGUCACUUCUACCUCCACUGAACCUUCGUCUUCCAUACCUGAAUCUAACUCUACUACCACACUCAAUCCAUCUGACUCAUCUGACAAUGUCACUUCUACCUCCACUACGCCUUCGUCUUCCAUAACUGGGUCUAACUCUACUGCCACACUCAAUCCAUCUGACUCAUCUGACAAUGUCACUUCUACCUCCACUGAACCUUCGUCUUCCAUACCUGAAUCUAACUCUACUACCACACUCAAUCCAUCUGACUCAUCUGACAAUGUCACUUCUACCUCCACUACGCCUUCGUCUUCCAUAACUGGGUCUAACUCUACUGCCACACUCAAUCCAUCUGACUCAUCUGACAAUGUCACUUCUACCUCCACUGAACCUUCGUCUUCCAUACCUGAAUCUAACUCUACUACCACACUCAAUCCAUCUGACUCAUCUGACAAUGUCACUUCUACCUCCACUACGCCUUCGUCUUCCAUAACUGGGUCUAACUCUACUGCCACACUCAAUCCAUCUGACUCAUCUGACAAUGUCACUUCUACCUCCACUGAACCUUCGUCUUCCAUACCUGAAUCUAACUCUACUACCACACUCAAUCCAUCUGACUCAUCUGACAAUGUCACUUCUACCUCCACUACGCCUUCGUCUUCCAUAACUGGGUCUAACUCUACUGCCACACUCAAUCCAUCUGACUCAUCUGACAAUGUCACUUCUACCUCCACUGCGCCUUCGUCUUCCACAACUGGGUCUAACUCUACUACCACACCCAAUCCAUCUGGCUCAUCUGGCUCCAAUGUCAAUUCUUCUAUCAUUACUAGAGCACCAGACAACAAUGAUACAUCAGCUUCUGGUACUACUGCAUCUUGGCCAUCAACUGCCAACACAGCUACAGCAGAACCCAAAGAUAAAGCUGGCCUCCCCUCUUGGGCCAUUAUUUUGAUUGGCGUGGGUGCUGCCGUGGGUGCUGCUUUAUUGAUAUCGCUCGGCUGCUUGAUUUACUAUUGUGCAAGAGCAGAGACAGCCAGUCCUGUCUCUCUUUCUCUUUAUCGGACACACAGUGGCCUCCGGAGUUUCAGGUGGUGAAGAGAAAGACUUUCUUAGCCUGUUAUAGCAAUACACUUCAUUCAUCAGCGGACUUCUCCCCCCUUGUCCUUUUGAGAACUUUCUGUCUUCAUCCGUGGGACCUUCACCUCUUACCAAGUGUUUAGAGAUGUCUCCAGAGCCCAGAAGCUGGAUAAGGGGAAUCUUUGGUUCAGGAGUAAUUUGGGGAAGAAUUCACAUGUUGCUGGAUCUUGCUUUUUUUUGAUAUUGCAAAUCACCUUGAGCAGUCCAAGCUCUCAAAAAGCCAGCUAAGAACAAAUUAAUCAGAUAAAUAUAUAUAGUUAGCAGGGACUGAUUGUUUUAUUUUGGUCCCAUUGAACCAACUAGACUAUGGACAGUGAGCAAACCUAUAUCCAGUAAGUAAAUGAAGGUAGAUAGGGAGCCAAGCAAUACGACAGAAGUUGAAGUAAAACUGGGUUUAAAUCCUUGGUUGGUAAUGGAUGUAUCUACACUGUAGAAUUAAUUCAGUUUAUUAUAACAUUAACUACUUUGGCUCAAAGCUAUGGAAACCUGGGAUUUGUAGCACUUUUUGGCCAAGAAGGUUAAAGAUCUUGUAAAAUUACAACUCCCAUGACUCCGCACAUUGAGCCAUAGUCAUUAAAGUGGUGCUAAAUAACUUGGGUUAUUGUGAGGACAAAGGGAUCUAACCGCUAUGUAACCUGACAAGUCUUGGGAUAUAAAUAUUGAAAUAAAUAAGGUGUUUGACUAUAUAUUCACCAUUACUGGUUUGAAUCUUUAUGAAAAAAAAUUCAUAUUAGCAAAUACAGAAGCUUUUAUCCUAAAAGUGUUGCCUUCCAUGUAUACUUUCAAACACUUCAGGGGAAAUACUACAUUGCCAGUUGCUCUUAUAACAGUAAUUCAAAGCCAUCAUCUCUUCAGAUUCCCAUCCAUUCACCAUGUUAGAACUAUAGACCAAACAAAGUCUUGUAUCCAUAGUGCUGAAUUCUACCAAUUUGACACCACAUUAACUGCCAUGGCUCAAUGCUAUGGAAUUCUGGGCACUGCUGUUUUGUGAGAUAUUUACCCUUUUCUGUCAAAGAGCUGUGCUGCCACAACAAACUACACAUUCCAGGAUUCCAUGGGAUGGAGUUAUGGUGUCAAACCGCUUUAAUUCUGCAGUGUGGAUGGGAAGCUAGUCAUGGCCUGGAAUUACGGAGAAUAUAUCCUAACAAAGACCACCCAUACCUAUUCUCGGGAAAAUAUGAUGACUUAUUAUUUAGACUGAUGUUCCGGAGAUCUAUGACUUUUUGUAACAUUGUUUACCUAUGUGUACAGUGUUUAAUGUAUUGUGUUCAAUCACUGUAAGUUAUUUUUUGUUGCAGUUUGCUCUAAAUCUGCUGUUGCAAUGGCUUAAUGUCCAACGUGAGUCAGGUGUGGUUUGGGGAAGCUGAGCUUAUUGACUUCAUAGUUUGCAGUCAGCUAGUGUGCCGGCCAUACUAGCUGUGGAUGAUGGGACUUGUAGUAUAAAAUAUCUGGAGAGAGUAAGGUUGAAGAUCAAGAAGCAGGAGAGAAUUUGGAAUCUGAGCUCAGCCAAAGAUUCCUCAAAUAUCUUUGAAUGGGAUUAUAUGCUGACAAUCAAAUUAACUCAACAGUGCUAUUACUUAGGCUGGUCUUAUGAAUGAGCUCCUGGAAAUGUACUAUGUCUCCUAUAGUAAUUUAUUGUACUAUAAUUUAUGAAUUGAACUUUUUAAUAAAGUCACAAUAUUUACACUA